UGUACUGGAAUAGAUCUUUUACAUCGUGGGGAAGCGUUGCGGAUUGGGAUCUUUAUUUCAUAAAUGAAAUGCACAAAACACUGGCAUGGGAACUCAAAGUGCUUCUCAAUGGCUUAGAGGAAAAUAGCCUUGCGUGGAAUAAAGCGAAGGCGCUCAAAAAACAACUAAAGAUCAGGUUUUUUUUCGAGUUUUUAUCCAAACUAACUCUCGGCGUUGACAACUCGCGCUACGCCCCAACCUCUAAACAAAAGAAAGAAAAUGCAGUGACCUUUGCGAUUUGGGAGGGACAUCAAGAAGAAAUAUUAAGGCGUAAAAUCGAAGAUGUAGCAAGGAAUGCUACAAGUGCAACAGCAGAAGCUAUUACGCACCGAAUGGUUAUGAGAUCCUCAAACGUCCCCGAGAAGGACGUCAAACCAGGUAUGGAAGAAACAUACCAAACUACUGUGAAACAGAAUCUGAUCAAGAAUAUGAGCGAUUCGGGCCCGAAAAAAGUACGCAUUGCCCAACCUGAUUUACGAUCACAUCAGGAUGAUAAAACAGAGGUUGAUAACGGAAAACUUGAGAAAAAUUAUGACGAGGAAACUGAAUUAUGGCAACAGAACAACCUUAAACAAUUAUGUCAUGGAGUUCAACAUCCAGAAGAACAAAAUAUCAAUAAUCUGCUAUCUGUUCCAUCGAUAUUUUAUUUCCAACAACGAAAUGAGCAACCGUAUCUUGAUUUUCUAACAGCAAAUGAAAUUACUAACAUCCGAUCAAGCAUCAUCUCCGAGUUUGUGAAGGUUGUAACUCCGGAUGAAUUGAUAGAUUUCGUGAAAGAGAAUAAAAAGAAAUUUCAACGGGAUUCUCUUGAAGAAAUCGCAAGAUUCAUUAAAUUAUCUUCUGUGAAACAAAAUGGAAGUUUAUUGAAUGAAACAUUUUUCAGAUUGUUGGAAGAAUGUGCCACUUGGAAUUCUUCGGUAGAUGUGAGCAAAGUGAACGAAGGGACUUUCAUUAUAGACUAUAUUGGGCCACUAUUCAAUAAGACAAUCCAUUAUUUUAACUAUGUCACGAUUCAUUCAUGGAUCGAUACAGUGUCAGAAACAUCUAAAUUACGCCGAUGGUAG